ACAGGGAACGGAAACAACAGAGGAGCGUCUGAAAGCACGCUGUGAGGGCAAGCGACAGUCUCAACACAUGCACAGAGAGGAGUCUGCAAGGACUAUGAAAGAAAACUGGAUACAGCACGCGUCGAAAAGAUGAUGCUUGACGUCUGCUUCUGUCUGUAACCUGCAGUUUUACUUCUGGAAUUCCCUCAUGUGGCAGAACUGGUACUAGAGCGUCAUGCUGGAGCCUCCAGAGCCAAACCAGAACAUUCUGGAGUGGCUCUCCACCCUCCGUCUGAGCCAGUAUGCCUUGUGUUUCCAGCAAGGAGGCUAUCAAGCUCUGGAAGACUGUAAGGACCUCACAGAUGAGCAACUCCUGGAGCUUCAAGUGCUUCCAACAGGCCACCGGAGGCGCAUCCUCCGCAGUUUGGAAGCACUUGGGGUGAAGCAGCAGAGUGGUGAAGAGGAAGAUAUGGAUGAAGACGAAGAGAUGGUGAAUGGGAGGACAGGAAGAAAGCCAGUGCCACACCCAAGGCAUAUCUUCUUGAAGGAUAAAAAGAGGGCAACUUCUUGUCAGCACCGUCAGCCAAAUGAGAGGAAAGACCGGGAUUCGGAGGUGAGUCGAACUUUGCCUCCAGGAGCAGAACUUGGAACAGAAAGUGAGAACGUCCAAGAGGGUAGAUACCAACGCCUACCUCAACCGGCGCCACGAAAUCCUGAGAACAUCAAUACAUCCAUGCAUGAACUCAGCAAAGACCCUACUACCGCGUCUUUUAGCACCAGCAGCAGCAGUGAGUCACUCUCCAUUUCAGAAAUGCCGUCAGACUGGGAGAUUUCUCCAGAAGACCCGUCCCUGUCCAGCGCCGACUCAGUGUCCUUUUCUGCUGACGUACAAGAGUCAAAGUUCACCGAAAACCAUGGGGGGUUUUCUGGUGAAAUGGUGGAGAACUCCAUCUAUGACACACAGCCUAGUUUUAAGGCUCCUGCAGGGCCACGGCUAACUCGGUCGUACCGGCUGAGACAUCGGCCUGUCCCUGAAAUCCCAAUACAGAGCAUACCAGCUCUUCAAGACAGGAGCGCUCCACCGGCGCAAACAACCAGCCCUGAACACCUAACCGGCUGCGAGGGUCCCAUCGGUGCAAACAGCAUACAGAGAGCUCCGCUUCAAGGAACCUUGACGCCAAUCGCUCCCUACGGAGAGAUGUUCCUGUACAACAACCCUGAGAGCACUCUGGACCAAGGAGCUAAAGAAGGGCUCCAGAAGGGGUUUAAAGAGAAGAUAAAACAGAAAAAACAGAGGAGAAAAAAACAAAAGGACGCCAAAGAAAAAGAGCCCCCUCCUGCUCCAACCAUCCCAAACCCCUGUGAAGACGAAUACUCCACCGUUGACGAGUGUGCCAGCAGUUUGCCGCAAGCUGGUUUGGACCCAAGCUUUGCAGUGACCUCUGAGGCUCUUGCUGCUGGACCGGCUGGCUCUGGCCCUAAGGAUGACUCUUUAAUCAUGGUGGAGUGCGACCUCUACUCUGAGCCCAUGGACACUCUGGGGGGUUUGGUCAGAAACACGCUGCCUGAUAUUUCUCCGUACGCUUGCUUCUAUGGAGCCCCCAAACACCAGGUGCUCAAAGUGGGCUGGCUGGACAAAUUGUCACCUCAAGGAAAAUGCGUUUUUCAGAGGAGGUGGGUGCGAUUUAACGGUGAAAGCCUGGCCUACUACAACAAUGAGAAGGAGAUGUACUCCAAAGGUAUGAUCCUGGCAAGUGCUAUCAGACAGGUGCGAGGACUGGGCGACAACAAGUUCGAGUUGGUCACAUCCCUGCGGACGUUCAUAUUCCGGGCUGAAAGAGAAGGGGAGCGCCAGGAGUGGAUGGAAACUCUUCAGACGGCCACGCGCCCCCCCGCCUGCGGCUCCCAGAAGCGCUCCGACAGCCUCCCCCGCCCCUCCUCUGCAAACAAGCGGGGCUUGCUGGAGCUCCGUGGUUACAAAGGCAGAGUGCUGGUGUCCCUGGUGGGGAGUAAAGUCAGGCUCUGCAAAACAGAACAGGACUAUAAAGCGGGCCUGGCUAUUGCUGAAGUGGAACUGACUGCUGCCAAUAUUAGAGACGUUGACCGCAGGGGCUUUGAAAUCAACACUCCCUUCAAGAGCUUCUGCUUCACGGCCGAGUCAGAUCGGGAGAAGGAGGAGUGGAUUGAAGCAGUCCAGGAAUCGAUCGCAGAGACACUCUCCGACUAUGAAGUGGCAGAGAAGAUCUGGUUCAACGAGGCCAACAAGAGCUGCGCCGACUGCCGCGCCCCGCAGCCAGAGUGGGCGUCCGUCAAUCUGGGCGUGGUCAUCUGUAAGAAGUGUGCAGGGCAGCACCGUUCUCUCGGCCCAAGUAUUUCUAAAGUGCGGAGCUUGAAGUUGGACAGCAGUAUCUGGAGCAACGCGCUGGUAGAGCUCUUUCUAGAAGUGGGGAACAAGCAUGCUAACAGUUUCUGGGCUGCUAACCUUCCCUUGGAGGAGGGCCUCUUCAGUGGGGCUUCAACAGAACAGCGUGCCACGUUCAUACGCAGGAAGUACAGGGAGAGAAAAUACCGGAAGGUCCUCGAGGGAUAUGAAGACCUGGAACAGCUCAACCAGGCUCUGUGUGCAGCUGUGGUGUUGCCUGACGUGCUGAAAACCAUGGAGCUGUUGUUCAGUGGGGCAGAUGUUAUGUGCGCCACUGGGGAUCCAACCUUCUCCACCCCGUAUCUCCUGGCCCAACGUGCUGGACAAAGACUGCAGAUGGAGUUCCUGCACCAGAACAAAUUCUCUGAUUUUCCCCGACUGGAGCAGUGGUCGGAUAACACCUCACUGUCAGACGCUUCCCUCUUCAUGGAUGGCUUCCUCUAUAUCUCCACCGGCUCAGUCAAGUCAACCCUGGACCGCCGUGGACGAGACGAUAUGAACCGUCGCUGGUGCACAUUGGAGGGCGGCUACCUGAGCUACUACGAGAACGACCGAAGCGCAACAGCUAUCGGAAGGGUGGACGUCACUGAGGCUGUUAGCCUGGCGAUCAGCAACACAGAGAUGAUGACAGGAGCUGGGGCUGUGUUCACUGUGGAGCUGUACCUUCAGACGGAGCGGGUGCUGAUUGUCGGAGCUGAGACGCAGGAAACGCAGCAUGACUGGACCCAGGCGCUUACAAAGUGUUUCGUUCCUUGUAAAGUCGAGGGACUGGUGCAGAGAGACAGCGAGCUGAUUGGCAGGCUGCACUACAAAGAGGGCCACGACCUGUACCACUGGAGGACGGGGUGGUUUAUGCUGGAAGGCUCGGCGCUGCACUUCAGCUCGGGAGACGAGGAGGGAGAGGAGGAAGUCCUUCAACUCAAACAGCUGCAGGAGCUCACUGUCUCCACACACACGGAGGGUGAGGACAAGCUCCAAGUCCUGCUGAUGGUGGAGGCUGGAAGAACGGUCUACGUCCACGGCUUCAACAGGAUGGACUUUGAGCUGUGGCUGUCUGCCAUCACGCUGGCUGCUGGUACAGAUGGCAAGGGGCUCAGUGACCAGCAGCUGACAAAGAAAGGCGUCCCCAUCAUUGUCGACAGCUGCAUUGCUUUUGUCACACAAUAUGGAUUGUGCCAUGAGGGGCUUUAUCAAAGACCAGGGGACCCUGCUCGAACCGCCCUGCUCCUUGAGGAGUUCACCCGGGACGCCCGUAACGUGAAGCUGCGAGAGAAGGAGCACCAGCUGGAGGACGUGACAGACACCCUGAAGAGCUUCUUAUCCCAGGCUGAGGACGCUCUGCUGACAAAGGAGCUCUAUCCAUACUGGGUGUCCGCUCUGGAUGAGAGGGACGAGGGGCAGAGGGUGAAGAAGUACUCCACUUUCAUCGAGAGUUUGCCAAAGAUAAACAGGUCGACGCUUGAUGCUCUGCUACAACAUCUGUACAGGAUUCAGCAGUGUUCCAACCUCAACAACAUGCCUAGCGAGAAACUGGCCUCUGUCUUCUCCCCCUGCUUGUUCCAGACUCAGGGACAAACCCCACAGGAAAGCAGCGUCGUCUGUGACCUCAUCAGCAACUACAUUACUCUCUUCAGCGUCAAUGAGGAGAGGGUGCAACAGAUGGAGAAAGAGACGUGUUUCAUCACUCGCUGGAACGAAAAAAAGGACGCUAUAUUCUCUCCAGCCGGGGACUUGAUUUUUGAGGUGUACCUGGAAAAGAGGGAGCCGGAGAACUGCUGUUUAAUCAAGAUGUCUCCCUGCAUGCGGCCCGCGGAGCUCGCCGAAACAGCACUUAGUAUGAGGAACAUCACCUUUGAUGACGAUGAUGUUUGGACCGCCUUCGAGGUUAUUGAGAACGGAGAGUUAGAGCGACCGCUGCACCACAGCGAGAAAAUUCUGGAGCAGGUGCUGGAGUGGAGUAACCUGGACUGCCCGAGCUCUGCUUUUCUUGUUAUUAAGAAGUUUUCAGGGGCCAAAAGAGUGGAAGAUGGGAAAGCAGAUCAAAAGCAGUCUAUAAAAGGCGGCUAUCUGAAGUUCAGCGAUGGUUCCUCCAAACUGCUGUCAGGGCACAAAUUCCAGGACAAAUAUGUCGUCCUUCGUGCUGAGAAGCUGCUGCUCUACAGAGAUAUCAAAGCGACUAAAGCAGAGAAAGCAAUCCAGCUGAACUGUGUGAAAUGCUACCUGGGUCUGAGGAAGAAGCUGAAACCUGCAACCAGCUGGGGCUUCACAGUCUACACUGAUAAACAACAAUGGCAUUUCUGCUGUGAGAACAGGGGGGCGCAGGUCAACUGGGUGACAGACAUCAUCAGCAUGAAGUUUGGUUCUGACCUCCACACAAAGAGUGUUAACUCAAAAGAAGCUGGAGUUCACAAACUGUCCAUAGAGGGAGCUGUGACUAAAGGCCUGAAGUUUCCACCACACAUUCAAAACUCCAGCAAACAGCUGACAGACAUGAGGACUUCAAUUGAAGAUAGCAAACUGAAGGCAACCAAGGCCACCUCUCUCCCCCACAAGACGAGCAACGCACCCAAGACCCCGGAAGUCCCAAACAGGAGACCCUCUUUGGACGUCAGCCAGCCUCAACGCUUCCUCUCCAGGUCCCCAUCCAGACACUCACAACCCAUGCCUUUACCCCUCCCUCCCCUGAGUGGCAGUAAGACCCUCAGCAGGAAGCCUGCUCAGGGCAGGGAGGGCAUUAUGCCGUCUAAUCUGAUGAAUGAACUUAACUUGGUGCUGAGCAAGACCGGCCGCAGUGCCAAGAGCAAUGAUUGACAGGAAGAGGAGUCAGGAGAAAAGAGAGGUACCUAGAACGGUCAAACAAACAUUACAGGGCUGAGUAUGAAAAGAAAGAUGUCUACACUGACAAAAAAAAAAAGACCACACCAUGCAAACGGUGGUAAAGUAAGGAGCUUUUAUGAGGGGUUUUAAUAGCCUCGAGACAGAUUUUGAACUUGGGUAUAUAAAGGGAUGUAAAUGCACAAAGGGAGUUGUGGAAAACAGGUGCAGGAGACACUGGAGGUCAUGCAGACCUCAGCUGGACAGGAAGCUGACCCAAGCACUACAAAGCAGGAUUUAUAUGCCGUCUUUAAAUAAAACAGAGUAUGCUACAAGAAUACGUUCAGCUGUCACACCUCUAAAGUUUCCAGAACUGCUUACUUUAAAGUUUCCGGGUUCUUUAAAAAGGCAGCUUGGACCACAUUUGAAAGAUACUGUGAUAAUCUUAAAUCCUUAUGCAGCAAAAAUAAUUUCAUGUGCUGUCAGUAUUAGCGCUAGCUAUGUAUUGCAGUUAACAUAUGAAAAAAACAUUCCAUAUAUUUUUGUAAUUAUCCCUGUCAAGACCCGCUACACUGUUGAGAAUUAAAAUAUUUGUAGGUAUGUAUAGGAAUGCAAAGAAAAUGAUACAGAUGCUAACAUACGCUAAAGAGAGGAGCAUUUGGUACGUGCUAGCCAUUUACAGAGCUUAAUCAAUUCUUGUUUGCGUAAAUACAAUUGUAGCUGCUGGUGGCGGGUAGUUCCAAUGCUCUUAUUUAUUUGCAAUGUACUUUCAAUAUUUUUUUUACAGCAUAACUGUAGCAAGCUUUGUAUUUCAUUGCAGCCGUUAACUGUUAGAUAGCUAGCUUACAGUGUUUUAAAGCAUAUCAAAAUUUUGCACUUGCAGUCGCCAAAUGUUGUAUAAGUGUUAAGUAUUAAUCAAUAAAGACAAAAAGACCUUUAUAUAUUAAUCCUAUAAUAAGCCUUAUCUUAAUUGUAAAGUUUUAAAUCUUGGUUUCUUACAGUAAAAUAAAAAGAAUGAUAAGAUGCUAUCAAAAAACUUAAGCUA